GUUUUCUCCGGGGCAUUGGGGUAGAGUACAGUUCUCUUGUGUUCAUAAGUUGUGCGGGCGGAGAACGGCCCAACUCCAACGAAUUCUAGCGUCCGGCAUCGAAACGUCCUCCCUUCUUACAUUCUCGCCAACUCACAGCCAGACCAAACCCAUUACCAAGCAACGUUUUCCGUCGGCAAACUACGCUCUCCCAUUGGCCGAAAGCGCUUAUCAUGAAUAACAGAAAGACUCUGGGGAGGCCGGCGGGCUCCCUCAACGCCCCCAUCGCCGCCUUUACAAUGGCAAUCCUCCUCUGCUCCUACUGCAUCACUUCCAUCCGUACCGCCCGUCGUGAAUCCCAAUCUACAUACACCCCUGCCUCGCAACGAAAAAAAUCCGAAACACGGCAGCAACAGCAACUCUCCUGGGUGCAGCAGGCAUUGGAGGAACAGCGAGAAGUGGAGCAGGGGAGAAAAAGUUGAGGAUCAUCCGGUUUCCGGAUGUGGGAUUAUGAUAUCACGUGGAGAAUGAAGUCAAUGUCAAUUGUCUGAGUACAGUAACUAUCUGCUAGGAGCCUAUGAAUCACUACCAUGGUCGUGCAUUCGGUAUCUGCAAGUAAAGUCA